AGGGAUUUACUGCUUUGUCAUCAGGAUUGGCCAAUAAUAUUUCGUCGGCUUCGUUCUGACCGCCACGCAGCUCGCUGGCCUUCCUGGCCCCAGCGUUCAUCGAAUGGCUCAAGGUUGUUUUCUUCGCUUAUUCUUCUUAUUCCUUGCUCUUUGUUCAGCUGUUCACUCGCAAUCCGUACCCCCUUUGCAAUGGCUGAACAUUACCAAUCUGCUCCAAGGCUCUGCAAAACCCAUUGCUCUCAAAGACGCUGUCAUCGGAUACGAUUCAGAUUCCUCUACUGUGGUUAUUUUCGGGGGAGAGUCUUCCAGUGGAAUCCCUCAAUCAGUCACCUAUCUUCUCGACACUCAAUCCCUAUCAUGGGUCACAGCGAAUUCGCCCACCGGAUUAACUACGGCUCCACCCGCACGCAGCGGUGCUGUAUCCGGAGAUGAUUUCGCUGCAAGCAAUCGUCACGGAUUCAUUGUCAUUGGGGGUAAAGGCAACAAUAACGAACCAUUAUCGGACGUUUGGGAAUUCGACUACGGGAAUCAAUUUUGGACGCAAGUAACAAUUACUCCCAGCGAUGGCCCUUCUGCGAGGUGGGGUGCCGCGGGAGGCAGAGACAUACGUUCAUCAAGCAUCACUGAUCCAGUAAUUCCAGGACCCAAUAAUUCAUUCUACUAUACCGGCGGCUUUGACGGUAGCUCACUGGAACCGCUUUCUAACGUCUGGCGUUUGAACAUCUCCGGUGUCCUCUCGUCCAAUAAUCCCACCAGUGUAUCCGGGAGCUGGCAAGAAAUAACCAUCAACAACUUCAAUUCACUGUCCACACAGAACCUUUCUGGUACCAUGGUUAUGGACUCUGUCGCUGUAUAUGGCGGAUGCGCUACCACCUCGACCACCAACAAUUCCUGCGCUACUCAAAACGCUUAUUCCUUGGAUAUUGAUACUCGUACCUCGACCGAUCCGAAUAACUGUCCCGCUCCCAGAUUCGGCGCUGUGAUGACACCCAAUCUAAACAGUGUUUCGGCUACUAGCACACAAGUAAUGCUUCUUCUCGGCACUUUCAAUUCGUCGCUAUGGUCUGACGAUAGCGGCUUGGAUAAUGGAGAAGUGGAUUUUUGGGACGUUGGUGCUGGCACCUGGAUCAGAGUGAUACCUUCGGGUGAUCCUGGCAGCUCGGCCUCACAUCCCACCCCACGCGAAGGCAGUGCUGCAGUCUCAUCUGCUGCGCCGAUUUUUGGUAACACUUCUGGAACAUAUUCGGACACUUUGAUAUUUGGUGGACGUGAUCUUUCUGGCAACUAUCUUGACGAAGUUUGGGUACUUCGAGCUUACAAUGGCGCCGUGACAUCUUCCAACACCAAAUGGGCUGGUUUUGGCGAUGGUACUUUGCAAACUGGAGUAAACGCUAGUGGAACUGGUGUCGAUGUCGAAUUCAUCACCACUUGUGCAACCGCCAUUAGCUCCGGAUCAUCUUCAGCAUCAUCAUCCAGUAGUAGUCAAUCUGGCUCUGCAACCUCCAGCCCUAAACCUUCCGGUAGUUCGAAACCUGAAAGCUCCGUGUCUACAUACGAUACUUCAACUGUUCACAAGGUCCUUGCACCACUAUCCGUAACACUACUGUCUGCUAGUGUGAUACUCGGACGAAUAUUUCCUCCUGUUUUCGAUACCUCAAUUUUGACCCUUCGGUCAAUGGCAUCCCACAGUUUGAUCCUCCUCGUCUGUUUAGGGCUAGGUAUCGCUGGCUUAGUUUCUGCUUUCACCUCCAUUUCAUUAACGACACCGACUUCCAACUUGAGCAAGCGAACAUCCUCGACUAACUUUCAUCUUCACACAGGUCACGGGAUAGCUUCGCUUGCUUUUUUCAUCGUCCUGUAUGGCGUUUUGCCCUUGUUAUGGUUAUUGUCCGGGCGUUUCAACCGUCCUAGCAAAGCCACAGACCAUAUUGAAGGUUUGAACUCUGACAAACAGCACAUAACUUCUGCCGACACAGUUGAAAAGACCACAAAGAGCCGUUCUCGAACCCCAUCAAGACCUUCUUCUCCUCGAAGGAGGACUCAUUCAUGGGGACCCUCAAUUCUUUGGCGUCCCAGCACUGAUCGAGGCGACAGUGAUUCUAAUAACUCAGCUGAUGCUCAGGCUGCCCUUACUCAAACUGAUCCUGUUCCAGCAGAACCUCCCCGUACAUUCGAGGUUGUGAACAGACCUCCACGCGUACGCCGAAUGCCUAUAGAUCGAGCGCCCAUGAGUUCGCUGCGAGAUAUCGAUUGGCUUCAGCGAAGACGAAGCUUGAAUACAGCUGAUGCAUUAGAUUAUGCGUUAACUGAAAACCAGCGUUCUCGCGAGCGGGCGCUUCUUUCAACUUCUGCUGUUCCUAAUACACCAAAUCAUCUCAGCCCAACACCUGAAAUACCGGACGCAAAUGGCAUCGUUCUUCAUAUACUUCUGCAGUCAUCCAUACUCGGCUUAGCCAUCAUAUCCCUCAUCAAACUAUGGUCUUCUUCUUUGGUCGGCUUCAUCGUCUUCUUAAUCUGGACUGUCGCUUUCUAUAUCACAUUGGUCGUACUUGCAUGGAAUGGCAAACCGAAACUUUCCAUCUUGGCUGUUAUCCUGACUCGACUCAGGGCUAAGCCAGCUGCGACAGCUCAGGAGGUGAACCAAUACCUAGCCUCUCAAUCACCACCCCUUUCAGCUCCCGACCAUUAUGCAUUUCCACAAGGAUCGGGUCCAUACUAUCAUGAACCACCCUUUCAAGCUGUGUCCACAGAUCUCAGUCACGGAGAUCUCUUGAGUGUUGAAACAGAUGAAGAUGAUGAUGAGGACGAAGAUGCUCGCCAGCAACGGAUAGAAAGUGAGAUGGCCAGGCGAGAAAUUGUGACUGUCACGGUUCCGAGGCGCAAGCUUUUAAUCGCGAAUCCGUCGUAGACACGGUUAUGCGCCAACCAUAUAUAUCUUAUAUUCGGUAUACCAUUUGCAUGAAAAACAUUUCAGCAUUCGUUAUUAUCUCUUUUGCUCAACGUUAUCAUUUUAUUUUGCUUAAUGUCGUCGUUGUAUGCACGCAGUCUGUAUUAUAAUCAUCAUUAUGUGGAAU